UUCCCUAAAAAAAAAAGAAAAAUAGAUCGGAGCUAUGGCUAUUUUCUGCAAAAUCUUACUGAAACCAGAGGUUGAAGAAUAUCUCAGGGCUACAUUUAAAAACGCUGAGCUCACAACAUUUAUUGGUCCACUGAAAGCAGAACAGAAAUAUGAGUCCUUGUUAAAUAAUUUAGCUCAUCCACCAGCUUUCACCAGUGUUCGAGUUAACACACAUUUGGCUUCUGUGGAAUAUGUAAAAAAUCUGCUUUCCAAAGAGAUCCAAAAGCAAUAUGAAAGUCUUAGCGUUCCAGUUCUGCAACAUCCAGAACUUCCUGACAUGUUACUUAUCCCUGUUAUUGGGCCCAGAAAGGAUCUGCAAAGGUUGCCAAAUGAAGUUAUUGUUGAUGCACAAUGUGGAAGUGCGGUGCUUCGUGGAGCACAUGUUUAUGCUCCAGGGAUUAUAUCUGCUUCAAAAUUCAUGAAAGCUGGCAGUGUGGUUUCAGUGUACUCUGAUAUUGAAGGGAAAUGCAAAAGAGGAGCCAAAGAGUUUUUCGGGAACAAAGUUUUCAUUGGAAAUGGGAUUUCGGAACUGAGCCGCAAUGAAAUAUUUACUUCUAAUGGCCCAUUGAAAGGGCUGGGAAUAAAAAUGACUGAACCAAUUUACCAUAGUCCUUCAUUUGACAACAUGUUAUCCAGUUAUGUAUUUUUACAGAAUUUGCCCUCAUCUAUUGUGAGUUAUGUUUUAAAUCCUCAGCCUGGACAGAGAAUCUUGGACAUGUGUGCUGCUCCUGGGGGCAAAACUACCCACCUUGCAACAUUAAUGCAUGAUGAGCUUGACUACUGCAGUGCAAUUUACAUGGGGCUAUCCUUGAAGACCACUUGGAAGCUUCACCUGCUGCAGAAUGGAGCAGGGGAAGUGGUAGCCCUGGACAAGAUAGCAGACAGAGUGAAAAAGAUUGAACAAAAUGCUGCAUUACUAAAUUUGAAUUGUAUUAAAGCUUUUUGUUAUGAUGGUACUAAGGCACUUGCUGAUAGCAAAAUAGAAGAUGGGCAAGAAGGACCUCCAUUCUUACCUGAGUCAUUUGAUCGGAUACUUCUUGAUGCUCCAUGCAGUGGAAUGGGACAGAGACCAAAUUUGGCUUAUUCGUGGUCUUUAAAAGAAAUAACUUCUUAUCAACCUUUGCAGCGCAAACUUUUUAGAGCGGCAGUGCAACUGCUAAAGCCAGGGGGCAUCCUAGUAUACAGUACCUGCACAAUUACCCUUUCUGAGAACGAAGAGCAAGUGGCUUGGGCACUGGAAACUUUCCCUUGCCUCCAGCUUGAGUCACAGGAGCCCCAUGUUGGAGGAGAAGGCAUGAGGGGAGCUGGAUUGUCACCUGAGCAGCUGAAACAGCUACAGAGAUUUGAUCCAUCUGAAAUCAUUUUGCAGGGAAUGGACUUUUAUUCUUUGCAGGAUGUCAAAUAUGAAGAUUUAAUACAACUAGCAAAUAAAGACUGCAUAGGAUUUUUUAUUGCAAAAUUUAUAAAAGUGCAGUGAAAAUUGCUUUAGACAUCAAUGUAAAUAAAUCUAUUCUUUCCUUUUAGCCUUUGGAGCGUUCCAAACUGUGUUUCAUGCUGCAGCAAUGUUGCCAAGCCAACAGAUUGACGACAUAGUUGCUAUAGCAGCAGUAAAAUCAGCCAGCUGUUUCUCCUGGGAGAAAUCCACAGGUUGGAGAAACAAGUCUAAGGAAGGGGGCCGUUGCAAUUUGGAAAGUUUAGUUUGGUUUUGCAUUAACAAUGGGUCACUGAUUCUGGAAACCUGCCUGUUUGCUCAGUUUGUCCAGAUGGUUUUGUUUACAAUCAUGCACAGUAGGAAUCCUGCUUCAAAAUAUUCUAUUCUGAGUACAAAAUCAACUUUGAAAGGAUUCUGAUACAUUUUAUAACUUCUUACAAAUUGCCGCUUUGGAAAAACAAUGUUAUGGUAUUAAAAAGCUUCAUUUAAUCAAAAUUGGUGGUGUGAGCAUCUGACUGCUUUUUAUUAGUAAUUCAUGUGAGAGCUUUCUGUUUCCCUACAAAGUUAAUUGUAUUUUGUUUGUGCCUAUCUAUGUAACAGUACACGUUCACUUGUGCUCUCAGGAAUGCUAAGUUGAGUGUUCCAAGAUCAGAUGUGUUGUGUUUGACUCUGGAGCAGAGCCAAAGAAGAAGUACUGAGCUGGGGAAACAAGGCAAAUCCCCUGACAUGUCUUCUGAACACUCACAUCCUUCUUGAACUUUAGCUCCCCUUUAAAACCACCUAUUAGUGACUUUUGCCAUGUCUGACGAUAAAGCAAUUCCAGAGUUAUCUAUGUGUUGUAUGAAACCGCUCUUCAUUAAGCCUCAGUGUUAUUACCUUGGUUUUUAAUAAUAUGAUCUGUGUGUGCAUCAACAUUACCCACAUCAUGCAUGAUUUUAUAUACAUCUGUUAUGGCCUCUUUACCUGGCUUUUUUCAGCAGCCCUCCUCCAACAUAAGGAAGCUCUUCUAUUUUCAUAUCAUUCUGGUUAUACGUUUCUGCACAUUUUCCAAGUUCUAUGAUACUUUUUUGAGAAGUAUGAAUAAGAAUUGUAGA